UCAAACCACAGAAAGACAGCAUCCUGUUUUGAUGUGCAGCACGCCACAAAGCAGAUCACACAGGAAACUGGUUCUUCACUAACUGACACAAUGGCACCAUAGGACAGAUUUAUAUAAGAUAGAAAAGAAGGGAUUACUAAUAGAGAGAGAGAGAGAGAGACAGCAAAGGAGAGGGAAAUGCAGUGAUGGACAUUUUGGAAGCUAGAUUGAGAAAUGGUUAUCUUUUGGCAGAUGACCUCUGUCUAUAGAUACACAAAGUUCAAAUGUUUAACAUGUCCAUGUCUGAGGAAGGAUUCUGGAGUCUUUCUGUAACUUUCUGAGAUGGCAACACCUGCUCCUGUCCUGGAUCUGCUACUGGCUGCUCUGGAGGAGCUGGUCGAAAAAGACAUGAAGACAUUUCACUGGUACCUGUCUCAGAGUGUACCAGUUGGCUUUCCUCUCAUCCCCAAGGGCCACCUGGAGAACGCUGACAGGCAGGACACCGUGGAUAAGAUGGUGAACACUUACGGCCAUGAUGGAGCUAUGAAGAUCUCACUGGAAAUCCUGAGGAAGAUGAACCAGAAGGAUCUCACCAAGACGUUAACGGCAGAUCACCAAGAGGCUGAGGUUGAGGUAGCAGCUGCCUCAAUUCCAGUUCCUGCCUCUCCUGUCUACUUCACUUGUACAGCUCAGACUGGCGGCCAUGUUGUGGCCCCUUCGCUCUCCGGCUGCCAUAUUGAUGGUCCAGUUCACUUCAACAUCAGAGUCAACUCAUUAGACGACGAGCCCAUAGUUCCAUCUCAAGCGUCACCUGCCCAUUUUACCAUGUUUCCACCUGAACCUGUAAAUACUGAAGACAACGAUGAACGAAUCAAGAGUUGUCAAAGUAAACUCAAACGCAAUCUGCGUAGUAGGUUCUUCAGUGUGUUUGAGGGACUGGCCAGCCACGGGAACAGACAACUUCUCAACAAGAUCUACACAGAGCUCUACAUCACAGAGGCUGGAAAUACAGAGGUCAAUAAUGAACAUGAGGUGAGACAGAUUGAGACAACAUCCAGAAGAACAGCAACACAAGAAACACCAAUCAAAUGCAACGACAUCUUUCAGCCCUUACUUGGGCAAGAUCAAUCCAUCAGAACUGUGCUGACGAAGGGAGUCGCUGGCAUUGGGAAAACCGUCUCAGUGCAGAAGUUCAUUCUGGACUGGGCAGAUGGAAAAGCCAAUCAAGAUCUCCAGUUGAUAUUUCCUAUUUCUUUUCGAGAGCUGAAUUUGAUGAGAAAGAAAAUAUGUAGUUUGAUCGAACUUCUCAAUGGCUUAUUUACGGAAACAAAAGAAACUGAAAUAUCAAACUACAACAAUUAUCAGGUGCUGUUUGUCUUUGAUGGUCUGGAUGAGUGUCGACUUCCUCUAGACUUCCAGAACAAUGACAUGCUGUUUGAAUUAACCGAGUCAACCUCAGUGGAUGUGCUGCUAACAAACCUCAUCAAGGGGAAUCUGCUUCCCUCUGCUCAACUUUGGAUAACCACCAGACCUGCAGCAGCCAAUCAAAUCCCUCCUGAGUGUGUUGACCAGGUGACAGAGGUACGAGGGUUCAAUGACCCACAGAAGGAAGAGUACUUCAGGAAUAGAAUCAGCGAUGAGAACCUGGCCAGCAGAAUCAUCACACACAUAAAGACAUCAAGGAGCCUCUACAUCAUGUGCCACAUACCCAUUUUCUGUUGGAUCUCAGCCAUUGUUCUGGAGAGGAAGCUGGGGAAAGCAGGGAGUGGAGAGAUGCCAAAGACCCUGACUCAGAUGUACUCACACUUCCUGGCUUUUCAGGAGAAAGACAUCAGUCUCAGGCUUGAGGGAAGAGGAACACCUGACCCUGACUGGAUGAGAAAGAACAUCAUGUCCCUGGGAAAACUGGCUUUCCAACAACUGGAGAAAGGCAACCUGAUCUUCUAUGAGGAAGACCUGAGAGAGUGUGGCAUAAACAUUGGUCAGGCAUCAGUGUACUCAGGAGUGUGUACUGAGAUUUUCAGUGAGGAACUGACCUUAUGCCAGGGAAAGGUGUUCUGCUUUGUUCAUCUAAGCAUUCAGGAGUUUAUGGCUGCCCUGUAUGUGUUUCUCACAUUCAUCAACGACAAUGUGAAUCUAUUAGCCAAACAGCAAUCAUUUCUUAGACAUUUUCCAUUUGGAAAUUCAACCACAACCAGCUUCUACAAAGCAGCAGUUGACAAGGCAUUACAGAGUGAGAGUGGACACCUGGACCUGUUCCUCCGAUUCCUUCUGGGCCUCUCACUGGAGUCCAAUCAGAUUCUCCUACGAGGCUUGCUAACUCAGAGAAUAAGUAGAUCACAUACCAACAAGGAAACAGUCAAGUGCAUCAAGGAGAAGAUCAAGGCGAAUCCUUCUCCAGAGAGAUGCAUCAAUCUGUUCCACUGUCUUAAUGAACUGCAUGACCAUUCUCUAGUGGAAGAGAUCCAAAGCUACCUGAGCUCAGGAAGUCUCUCUAGGGCCAAACUCUCACCUGCACAGUGGUCAGCUCUGGUCUUUGUGUUGCUGACUUCAGAAGAGGAGCUGGAUGAGUUUGAGCUGAAGAAAUACUCCAGGUCAGAGGAGGGUCUUCUGAGACUGCUGCCGGUCGUCAAAGCCUCCAGAGCAGCCCUACUGAGGCGAUGCAAACUCACAGAGAGAUGCUGUGAAGCGUUGGCCGCAGCUCUCAGCUCAAACUCCUCACACCAGAGAGAGCUGGACCUGAGUGACAACGACCUGCAGGAUUCAGGAGUGAAGCUGCUCUCUGCUGGACUGGCAAGUCCACAGUGUAAACUGGAAACAUUAAGCCUGAGGCGAUGCAAACUCACAGAGAGAUGCUGUGAAGCGUUGGCCUCAGCUCUCAGCUCAAACUCCUCACACCUGAGAGAGCUGGACCUGAGUGACAACGACCUGCAGGAUUCAGGAGUGAAGCUGCUCUCUGCUGGACUGGCAAGUCCACACUGUAAACUAGAGGUAGUAAGGUUGUCACUUUGUGGUGUCACAGAGGAAGGAUGUGCUUUGCUAGCCUCCUCUCUUAAUUCCAACCCCUCACACCUGAGAGAGCUGGACUUGAGCUAUAAUCACCCAGGAGACUCAGGAGUGAAGCUGCUCUCUGCUGUACUGGAAGAUCCACACUGUAAACUGGAGAAACUUAGUGUGGAGUGCUGUGCUGAGUUCAGGAUCAGACCAGGACCACAGAGAUAUGCCUGUGAGCUCACACUGGAUCCAAACACAGCACACAAAGAGCUCUCGCUGUCUGACGAGAACAGGACGGUGACGCGAGGGAAAGAGCAGCCGUUUCCUGAUCACCCAGAGAGAUUUAACUACUGGAGGCAGGUGCUGUGUCGAGAGGGUCUGGAUGGGCACUGCUAUUGGGAGGCAGAGUGUAGUGGGAGAGCUCUGAUGGGAGUAGCUUACAGAGGGAUCAGCAGGAGAGGAGAGGGACAUGACUGCUGGCUUGGACGAAACGCUGUAUCCUGGAGUCUGAACUGCUCUAAUGACAGUUACACUGCCUGGCACAAUGACAAGAGCACUGCCAUAACCAUCCCCUCUCUCUCUAACAGAGUAGGAGUUUAUCUGGACUGGACGGCCGGCACUCUGUCCUUCUACAGUGUCUCUAGCACACUGACCCACCUGCACACGUUCCACUCCACGUUCACUGAGCCCCUCUAUCCAGGGUUUAGGCUAGGCUGGGUGGACUCAUCAGUGUCCUUGUGUCAGGUAGAAUAGCCUCUCUGGAGGAACACCUGCGAUUUCAGGGAGAUCACACACGUUUUUGUGUGUAACAUAGUUGACAAAGUGAUUAUAUCAACUAAUAGAGGAGAGUAGGCUAAUUAAUUUGAAGCAGCGAAUUCUGAGUGUGUAAAUAAUGCAACAAAGUUGUGCUUUUAAUACAAUAAGUAGGCUAACGCAUGCAAAGCAGAAAGACGACGAAUAAUAUGAGGGACAACAAAAAUAUUUUCAGCUCAAAGUUGUCUGUCUGACCAACCGACUCUGCCGCAAUGAUCUCUGUCCAGCCUGGUCUCAUAGAGUAGACGUAUCAUAGUAAGUGUAAAUCCGGGACACUCAAAUGAGUAUGUUAUGUUACGUUUGGUAUGGUUACAUAAGACAGAUGGUUACUUAAUUCAUCAGAUUCUAGGCCCUGUCUAAGG